AGAUUCAGGAUUUAACAAGGAAAUAGGAUUAAAAAAAUUACCACGAUUGUGGGAUUUCUUCUUAUCUGAAUGAAGUUUAUCUAAUGUGCUCUGUUGCCAUUUUUGGGAUAAUUAGACGUUUUAAAUUUAUUGUGAGCUCACCUGAAUAAAAUAAUCUUAAGUUUUGUUAUAAUGUGAACACCCAAUAUUUUAUGAUAUAGAUAAAACUAUAGCCCCAAGGUUGUCUCACUUGCAUAUUGAUGUGUAUUUGAGAUAAUGCCUUUAAUUGACCAUUGUUUCUGAGAUAUGGUCAAUGAAGCUUACCCGAGGGGGUCAUAAGGGACUUGACUUGCUAAGAACAGAUUAGUAUCUGAAAUAAAAGGACGCUACUUGAUCUGUGUGUGAACAUCAGAACAGACUGGAUUUAUAGCAAUAUUUUGAAUUAAGAUUUCCAUACAUUUUGCUGUUCAAUCAGCCAACCUCCAAGAAGGGAGACCACAGGGGAGUUGACUGGACAUAUCAUAUUAGCUCCCCUUCUACACAAUGUUUCCAUCCUUACAAUACGCUGAAGUUGUUCUGUUGCAACUGGCAGUAUGGCACACUGUUACAGGCAGUGAAAGUCCAAUGUUUGUCAAUGUUGUUAGUUUCAAAGCUGUCAGUGAGGAUACUCCAGUCAACACAACUUUAUUCACUUUGAAUGCCACGGAUCAAGAUGGACCAGAGCAGUUGCUUUUUACAAUUCCUACUACUCACCCAUCAUACUUAAUAGUCUGGUUGAACAACGUACGAGGGGAUAGCAAAACAGGAAGAAUGGUGGAUGUUUUGUUGAAAAGUCCUUUAGACAGAGAUUUUACGAAUCAGCAAACUGUGCGUUUGCUGUUUGCUGUUCAAGACAGUUCAACAAUGGAGACAGCAAAUAGAAUUAAUCAAGGUGUUGAACUGUUAAUACUGGAUGUAAAUGACGAGAACCCUACAUUCAACCAGAGCAGAUAUGAACUGAGUGUCCUGGAGAGCACCACUUUGGACUCGUCGGUGAUGACUUUGAAAGCGUCAGACCCAGAUUCAAACCCACAGCUGCGUUACUUCAUGGAGCCUGUAGGUCAGGCUGUGUCGGACAUGUACCGUAAUUCGUUCGUCAUCGAGCCUCUGACUGGACAAAUCAAGGUCAACAGAAAACUGGACUAUAACGUGAACAACUUCUAUGAGUUCACGCUCAUGGUCAAUGAUAAUGGUGGAAAUGGAGGGAGAAAUGGUACUGCAUCAUUGCUCAUCAAAAUCAUUGAUGUGCAGGACAAACCUCCAUACUUCAUCAAUCUGCCAUACAGAGUGAACAUAUUGGAAAAUGCUACAAUUGGAACCAAAGUCCUUCAGGUUACUGCCUUUGAUGGAGACAAAGGUGUUCCAAAUACUUCUGUCUCCUACAGCUUUGACAGUGGGGACACCAGUCUGUUCGCAAUCAACAAUGAUACUGGAGAUAUUACAGUGAAGUCUCAGUUAGACAGGGACAACCCUAACAUACAGCAGACUGGAGGAGUGUAUGCAUUGGGUGUCAAGGCAACAGAAAAUAACAACAAUCAGCCAGCCAACAUGACAACAGCAGUUACACUGGUCACGAUCAAAGUUGACGAUGUGAACGACAACAGCCCCACAUUUCCCCUGCGCGUAUACCAGGCCUCAAUCUUGGAAAACAUGCAGGAGGGCGUCCCCAUCACCUUUAACAGCCCGGCUGUCAUGAAUGUGUCUGACAUUGACCAGGGACUGAACAGCCAUUUUGCACUCUCACUGGAGAUGAAUGGUAAGCUGUACACGGAUUUUUCUCCCCUGCCCAGUGAGGUUUACUCGGAAUCAUCAGUGCUAAUUCAAGUGAGGAACCAGUCAGCACUGGACUUUGAACUGUUACCUGAAAUCACCUUCCAGAUUAUUGCCCGUGAAAUAGGCACUGAUGAACUACGUUCUGGGUCAGCAACAAUUGUUCUGAAAAUCAUUGAUAUGAAUGACAAUAGCCCAAUCUUUGAUCCCAACAUGAAGACGAGUUUGAGUAUUCUGGAGAACUCUACCAGUGGGACCGAGCUUACCACUUUAUAUGCAACUGAUUUGGACAGUGGAAACAAUGGAAAAAUUACAUACAAUAUUAGAGGUUCAAACUCAGUAUUCAAUGUGAACGCCACUAGCGGCCGGGUGACCUUGACUGGUCAGCUCAACCGGGAGGUAGUUGACAGGUACUUGCUGACAGCAGAGGCAAAGGACGGGGGCGGACUUAUCACUUUUGUCACGCUCAACGUCACGGUACUAGAUGUAAAUGAUGUGAGACCGUCCUUCACGAGGGACGAGUACUAUGUGACUGUGCCAGAAGACAGGACAGAGUUCCUCAGGGGGGAUCUCGUUGUCAAGGCUAUAGAUGAUGACGAACCCAAUUCUCCGAACAGCAGGGUCCACUACCGCAUCAAGAGUGCAUCAGCUGGCCUGGCAGGCAAGUUUGCUGUUGACAACACCAGUGGACUGGUUACCAUGGUAGCCAGGAUUGACUACGAGUCUUUGCCUGUAAGUGUGGCAGGUCGGGCAGGGCCUGUGCUGGUGGAGAUUGAGGCGUAUGAUCUUGGUGUCCCCUCCCUGGCAACGUCCAUCAACAUCACGGUGGAAGUUGAAGAUGUAAAUGACAAUGCGCCAACAUUCAACAAGACAUUCUACAGUGCUUCUGUUAGUGAAAUGGCCUUAGCUGGUACGUCUGUCAUUCAAGUGUUUGCAUCCGAUAGUGACCGCACACCACCAAACAACCAGUUCCUGUAUCGCAUUGACAGUGGCGCUAGCGACAAAUUCCGCAUAAAUUUCCAGACAGGAGAAAUAACUGUGGAAGUUGGUGCCAGAUUGGACUAUGAAAGCGUGCCAAAGUAUGUUUUGAAUAUAACCGCUACAGACAGGGGUGCAGUUCCUCAGGAGGGACUAUGUGUGGUGGAGAUCAGCAUACUGGAUGAGAACGAUGAGGCCCCAGUGUUCAUCCCCACCUCUGUCACCACCGCUGUCUCUGAAAACACCCUGCCUGGUGGGGAGGUGAAAUGCCUGACUGCUGUGGACCUGGACUCCAACCCUGUGCUGGUUUACUCCCUCCUGCCUAGCAGUGUACUGGGCUAUGACGAGAGUGGCCGGGCCGUCAACGUCACCAGCACUGGGGCACAGAAUUACUUCAAGAUCAACUCAACGUCUGGUUGUAUACAGGUUCAAUCCAAGCUUGAUCGUGAAACGGUUGAACUGGUGAUCCUGAAAGCAAUUGUUGUUGACACACAAGCUGUGUCAGGCCAUAUCAAUCAAACAGCCACAGGUACGGUGACAAUAACCGUGUCUGAUUACAAUGACAAUGCACCACAGUUCAUCCCCAACAACACAUACAGUCUCCUCAUUUCUGAGGGGCUGAACCUUCAUUCCGAAGUGAUGAGGUUUGAGACGCGAGACCUAGAUAAGCAACAGCAGGUCUCGUACAGGAUUCAUAUGGACCCCUAUGGGAACUUUGAUAUCACACCAAGCACAGGUAUUUUGCGAUUGAAGUCCAGACUGGACAGGGAGACAUAUCCCAGCAUUCAGUUAAGAGUUCUGGCAGUUGACAGCGGGCUUCCCCAACUGACCUCCACAGCGGUAGUGUCUGUUACUGUACAGGAUAUUAACGACAACAGCCCCGUUUUUCUUCCCUAUGAGCUGCAGUAUUCCGUGCGGGAGGAUGAUGCCCCUGACACUGUUAUAUGCAGGCUGUCUGCAACUGAUGCUGAUCUAGGAGAGUAUGGCCGCAUUGAGUACAAGUUUGAAGUCAGCAAUGAUGAUGGCAGACUGAAAAUCAACAAAACAACUGGAGCCAUUUCAGUUGCCAGCCUACUGGACCGAGAGAAGAGAAACUCAUAUACCCUUUAUGUUCAAGCCAAUGACAACCCUGGCACUCCUGAAGACCAGCGUACAAACCAGACAAAGACAAUCAUCAUUAAGGUGACAGAUGUCAAUGACAACGACCCAGCAUUCACAAAUAUUGAAGAGAACACUCGGCCAUCUGUUCUCGAGAAUGACUCUCCGGGGCGCGUUGUAUUCACAGUGUCAGCAGACGACCUGGAUGAAGGGGUUAAUGCUGAGCUUCAGUACAGCCUUUCAGGAGAUCCAGAAUCUCUAUUUACUCUUAAAAACAUAAAUCGUAACAUCAGUGGGAUCCCAAAAUACUUUGGUGAAAUUUCUGUUGCAAAGAGCCUAAUCGGUGAGUCUGGCACCCACCAGUUGGUGAUUACAGUGACUGAUAAAGGAACCAGCCCUAGGUCAGCCAACACCACACUGAUCAUCCUUGUAAAUGAUGUCAACCUUCACGCUCCAGUGUUUGUGAGCCCAAGUGAAGCUAAUGCCACUAUUUCUGCAUACGAGAGCCCUAAGGACGAGACUGAGCGCCGCUCUAUCUUCAACAUAACGGCCCGUGAUGAUGACAAAGGUGUGAACAAGCAGAUCUACUUCUCCAUCCUGCCAGAGGCAGACUGGCAGACCUUUGUCCUGGAACGCUGCACCUUCGAGGGCUGUGAACUGAAGAACCGCCUGCCACUAGACAGGGAAACACGACCAACAUACCUGAUCAAGAUUAAAGCAGAAGACAGUGGUGUACCCAAGAACUUCUCCACCAUUCUGACUUUAAACAUAAUUGUCCUUGACAUUGAUGAUGAGUUACCAGAGUUCACAGACGACCGCAGCGAGCCCUACCGUAUACAACCACACCGUAUCCAGAUUGCAGAGGGGCAGACACAGUCAUAUACUAAUCUCAAUAUUGCUAUUGACAAAGAUGCAGGAAACAACUCCAUUAUCUGUUAUUACAUAAUAGGUGGUGAUGAUAUCGUGAAGCAGAAGUUCCGUCUGGAGCAGACAGGUCGCCUGGCCCUGGUGUCGCCCCUGGACAGAGAGGCUCUGACCCAACCCUUCAUCUCCAUGGUGAUAUAUGCCACGCCCAGAUGCUUCCAGGACAUACCUGAGUACUCCCGGCCCUCUGUCUACCCACCACAGAACUAUGCAAUGAACAGAACUAUCUUAUGGGUGCAGGUGGAGGUAGCUGACAUCAAUGACAACCCUCCUGUGUUCAAGCAGUCUGUCCUCACACUGGGCGUCUCCAGGGAUACUGGCUACAAGACCGCCAUAGCAAACCUGCAGGAUUUGAUCACUGAUGCUGAUGCCACCAUGAAGGUGGAGUUUUAUGAACUGAGAACUGAGCAGUACCUACAAGGCACCAAGCUGUCUACAAACCAGCCCUUUGAGGUGUUCAAGAAUGGCACCGUGGCAACCAAUGUCUUCUUUCAGGCAAACAUGUAUGGAUAUUUUCUGGUGUUUGUCCAGGCCAAAGAAAAUGUGACAGGUGGUCCACCAUAUCUGGCAAAUGCCACUCUCAGGAUUUCCUUGAUUAACGAUGAUCAGCGCUUGAAGGUGAUUAUUAGGAAUAGCCCUGAGGUGGUUCGAGGCUUCCAGGUGGAGUUUACACAGAAGUUAAGCAAUGUGACUGGUUACCGGAUUGUUGUGGACAAGAUACAGGUGCAUGAUACCGGGAGCCAGGAGGGGCAGGUGAACCAAAACAUGACAGAUAUGUUCAUACAUGGUGAAGAUAUGAAGACCAAUGAGACCAUUCCUGCAGCCGAACUGAGAAGAGUCAUUGAUUCCUUGGCAGAUGAACUAUAUCAGUUUAAAUACAACUACAAAGUUAUAGAAAUAGUGAUGACGUCCUCUGUGAGUCAGGCCCAAACCCUUGAGGAUGAAUUUAAGAUGGCUCUCAUAUUGGUGGCCAUCAUCCUCACACUGAUGUGUGUCGUCAUCAUCGUCAUCUUCAUCAUCAGUCGCAGGCAGUACAAAAGAAAGUUAAAGGCUGCAACAGCACUAGCUUAUGCAUCUAACAACGGCUCUGGCACCAUACUGUCACAGUGCUCCAAUACUGACCUGCAUAAGCUGGAACUUCCUGGAACCAAUGUCCACGCCUACGAAAACGCCAAUCCCAUCUACCUAGAAAAAAUUCAAUUGGAGGAGGCUGGUGAACAAAAUGAUGACGAAGAUUCAUUGGACAACAAUGCAGUGGAAUCUGGCUCUAACCCCCAGAAGGAGGAACAAAACAUCUCCAUGAAUCUCUACUCAGACAACAAUAAUCUUAACAAAACUUCACAGUCCAAGUUGCGCAAUGGUGACAGCAUACUAACCGCAGCCAUUCAGCAACACCAAAAAGACAAGGUCAGCAAUGGAUCAACUAAACCUGUAAAUGGCCAUCUGGAAACAAAGAGAGACAACUUUGAAGGAUUGCCCACCACUGAGAUAUAAAUAUUGUUGAAUGAUUGACUGGCUCCUUCUCAAAAUGUAAAUAUAGAAUUAACGGCUAUUUAUUUAAACAAUUACAUACAUUAAAAUACAUUUGAAUCAAUGAUAAUACAAAAAUGAAUGAACAAUGACUUUUAGAUUUAUAACAAUUAUUACCAGUAGUUUUGAUAUUAUUUCUAUUGUUGCAUUAAAAAAAAAUCAGAUAUCUUUGUGCAUUCGUGAAAAAAACUGUUGAUAAUUUCUUUAAAUUUAUGUAUUUAAAAAAUUUAAUUAAAAGGGCAAUCAUUAUUGUGUAAGAACAAAGAAGAUUGAUUGGUGCUAUGUUUGUUGAUUGUUUGACAUAUCAAACUGUGCUUUUGUAAAUCAAAACAUUACAGUUCAAUCCUUUUUGUUUCAAUUGUAUUUGUUAAUGAUAUUCUUGCAUAGUUUAGGAUGUUUUUGCUGUGACCAUAGAUGUUCACUGAUAGCUUUCAAAUCUAGAUUAAUAUUUAUUUUUAUUGCUAUUUUGACUAAAUCUUGAGAUGAAUAUACGCUUGGUUGUAUAGUUUGGUUGUUAACUUUUAUCGCAUAUUGAGCUGAACUUUAAAAAAAGGCAACUUGCCUGCUUGCCCCAUAACAUUAAGGUUAAAGUUUUGAAGUAAUUGAUAAUGUAUAUUUUGGGGAAUAGCAUGAUGGAUAUCAUUCAAACUUAACAGAUUAUUCACUUUCUGCAAAGUUUAGUUUUGUGUACCUGUACUCAACUUUCUUAAAAUAAGUUUAAAGGGAUUUCUUUUAAACUGAAAACAUUAAUUUCUUUUAUAAAAGUGAACUAAUUUGCAAGGAUUUAGAUUCAAACAAUUUGUUGAAGAAGAAAAGUUCUCAAAAACUCUUGAAAAGCACAAGAAAAGUCAAGUCCUCCAACAGCUCUUGUUUUCACUGUGUUUUAUUAUUGAGGACACUCAACAUUAAAUGUCAAAUUCAUCAUAAAAUUAUGCUUGCUUCUUGUGUCAUAUACAGCAUUUGAUGAUAUUUCUGCAGGAAACAGAGAGAUUGUGAAGAAAUAACGUUGAGUCUAUCUGAGUAUUGUUACUGCUCAGUUUUGACAAAAAUAAUUGCUUGUCCAAGUAACACAGAAGUCAAAAAUCUGUCUCAGUAUUCCAUGCCUAGCAUUAUUCUUGAAAUUAUAUUUAUACCGCAGCACACCAAGUUUGUAGGGCAUACUCAUAUCCCCCUGUCAGGUGGAUGGUCUUUAGGUUGGUCUGUUACCCUUUACAUGUAUGUAAUGUCCCGAACUAGCCUCUCAGUCUUAUGCCAAUCAACAUGGAACAUUAUAGAUAUGUUAUUUUAAAUUAUCUAGUACUAGUAGUGCAAGACAUUAUUUUCUUCAAUGUCAUGUAAUGCUUUGCAGAGUUAUUUAACCAUGAACCAAAUUGUGUAUAAUUACAUCAUUGUACAUAUGAACUUUGUGUAUCUAAGGGAAACUUUAUAUAGAAGUGUUGUUUAUACUAUGUAGAAGUGCAAGACAUUAUUUUUGAGUGUGCCACACUAUUUGUUGCAGACUUAUGUGCCCUUACAAGUAUGCUAUUGAUUCAAGAAAUCAAAGUUAAGCUUUUUGUCUUUGUGUGCGAUCAAUGUCUCAAACGUCAAAAUUUCAUGAUUAAUUUCAUUUACAAUUAAGUUUUUCACCAUGCUUAAAAUAAACUGUUGCAGUGAUAUUUGUUGGGAUUGACUGAUCUAGUUCAUACUUGUUUAAUUCCUAAAUUAUUUGGUGUAGCAUUGUUUAAUUAUGAACUAAGACAUAGGAGAAAAUUUAACUUAAAGAAGCCAUGAUAAGAAAAAAAUAUUUUUUAUUCUAUAUGACUUUCAUUACAUGAACACUGUUAAAUUCUAAGUCAAAAUUUGCAUACAUUACAUAUCAUGGCUGAAACUACAAAAUUGCUAUGUGUAAUCAUUGUUUACUGGCCUCAUAUAAAUAAUGAAAUUUGGGUCAUGUUUUUUUUCCAGAUUUCUGUGUAGUUAUGGACAAUUUUAAAAUACAUGGGUGUAUUUUGCUUGUACAAGAAAACAUAUUCUUUUGAUGUAAAAUCUUUCAGAAACUAGAGAGAGAAUUUCUACAUUCAGAGAUAUUGGAAAAAAAUAAUAUAAUAAUUGUUCUACUUAUAAAUAUUUUUACCACAUUUAUUUUUGUCAGUAAUUGUCAGUCUUAUCAGAGAUACCACUCAAGUAAAUAAUCAAUAUUUUUAAGUGGCCUUUUCACCUGUUGAGUAAUUAGAUUUAAAAAAUGGAUUCACAUUUGAAGAAAGUACAGGGUAUGUCAACUUUAGUUCUGUGUAUACAGUUUGAUGUAUUGAUAUUAUGCUUUGUAGCCUGGGUAUACAACUCUGGCAUUUUUAUGUAAGGUUGAAGGUUACCUAGUUUUGGUCAGAGUUGUGGAUUUGGAACUGUGAUAUUUUUGGACACAGUGUAUUAUUUGGAGUAUCCAUAAACUGUGUCUACUUUAUGCCUGCAUUUUCUACAAAGAUGGUUGUAUACUUCUAGAUUUGUAUUGCUAUUUGCUGUUGCAUUAUGCAGCUGAGUUGCUAUGUGUAUCUGUGUGAAAUCCAGGACUGGAUGUAGUUGGCAUGCUGGCUACUUGAUAUAACAAUUACAUGUUUUUUUCAACAAAAAUGCAUACUUGUCCAAAGUGUUGACCAGGCUUACGAUUUCCUGUAAUUCUAUCAUGCCUUUUUAUCAAGAAAUUUAACUGUUCAUAUAAUUUGCUCUAGCAUUAUAAAAAUCAUAAUCCUUAAGUGAUAUUUUCAUUUAAUCUUUAAAUGUAGUGUUUUCUUUACUUAAUGUUCUAGUUUCUAGUCAUUUUAUAUAUUGCAGUGACUAUUGUUGUCAGGGGCGUUCCUAGGCAUACGGCAGUACGCCCGUGCGUAUAAUUCAGUUACAAACUUAAAAAAAUCAAAACUCUUAAACUUCAAAAAAUGAAAUAAAAAGUGAGGGGGGGGGGGGGUAGGGGUAUUUCCUUUUAUCGGUCUUUUUCAAUCAAGAAAUUGAUGAAUACAAUUGCCAAAACGUGGCUGAAAGAUAACACCAAAACGCACCAUAAUGCAAUGAAUGUUUCAAAAUUCCCCCCCCCCCCCCACCAGAAGGAGAGGGAGACCCCCUCCCGCACCCACCCCCUACUCGCAGCUUCGCUCCUCGAUCUUGCGUAUAGCUGAAAUAGCAUCAGGAACGCCCCUGGUUGUUUUGUGUACUUAUUAUUUGAGUUGCUAGAAAAAGCGUUUCUUUUCACACUGCUGUGUUUUGCCAUUUUUAUCUUGCCAUACUUGCUCAUUGUGUUAGAUUGAUGAGGAAUACAUUGAUUUAAAGGUUAUAACAGUGGACUCAUAUUAUAGAAAUUAUUAUUAGGAAAGUUAGCCUUUACUUGUCCACUUUGGUUUAUUUUAGCAUUACAAGUACUGGUUAUCGUGUAAUACAUUCCAAUGUGAAUUGAAUUAUAAUUAUGUUACUUCUGAAAAGUAUUGGAUACUGUGCUCAAAAAUGCUCUACCUGGCAUCAAAUAUAUGUGUGUACAUGUAUAUGUUCUGGAUAUAUACAAGGUUUUGAGGAAAUGUUGGACACCGUUUGUUACAUAUGUAAACAUGUUGUAAUUGCUUUAGCUGCCUUAUACUUCACGUAUGUUUUCGGAAGUGAGUACCUGGCAUUUAUAUUUAUUACUGUUCCCAGAAUACAUUCUGUUAUUGCCAUGACUUUUCUUUACUUUAUAGUUAAUAAAAACUUAUGAAUU